AUUGGCUGCCAAGUACUUCAACUGUUUUAGCUCUAUCAUCUUAUAGACAUCCACGAGCUAUGGCAGAACGACCAGUAGCAGAUAUUACAGUUCCAUCACAGGAUCCAAAGGAGAAGAAGAAAGAAGAGGACAAGAAGCUAGACACUAAAGCGAAUGGUGUAAAGGACGAGGAGGAGGAACUGUCGGAAGAAGAUGCACAGCUCAAAUCUGAGCUGGAGAUGCUCGUUGAACGGUUAAGGGAAUUAAACACGGAUCUCUACCGUCCUGCUCUUGAAACGCUCCGGACACUCAUAAGAACAUCCACGUCGUCCAUGACUUCCGUUCCGAAACCACUCAAGUUUCUACGCCCACACUAUCCCGGCCUGCAGGAGUUGUUCGAGACAUGGCCCGCAUCUGAAAACAAGAGUCUAUUUGCCGACAUUCUCUCUGUUCUUGCUAUGACCUACUCUGAUACUGAACCACGAGGAACCCUCCGCUAUCGCCUUCUUUCUGCAUCCCUCCUCCCUCCUACAUCCAAAAUCUCUGAACCUGGUUCUUGGGGGCAUGAAUACGUUCGUCAUCUCGCUGCUGAACUAGGAGAGGAGUAUACCAUCCGUCAAGAGGGUGAAGAGGCAGUCCCCCUGCCCACAGCAGAAGCUGAUUCAGACGCGCCUAAAUCAAAGCCUGCUCCGGUCCCUGGCACCAUCGAAGACUUACAUAACCUUGGCUUAGAAUGCGCCACGUUCUUCUUAGGGCACAACGCCGAGCCAGACGCCGUAGACUUGUUCGUGGAGCUCGAGAUUGUUGAUAGGAUAGCAAGUCUCGUGGAUGCAAACACGUUCGGUCGUGUGUGUGCAUACAUGGAUCGAUGCGUCAUGCUCCUCCCACCUCCUGACGAUGUCACUUUCUUGCGCACGAUACACAAGAUCUACCUCCAAUUCUCCAAAUUCCCCGAGGCUCUCGGUGUGGCUAUCCGCCUCAAUGACGCUGCGCUCAUUCGACAAGAUUUCAAUGCAUCUGGCAACCCAAUAAUGAGGAAGCAGCUUGCUUUCCUUCUUGCACGUGCACAAAUUCCCAUCGAAUGGCUGAAAGCGUCGGCUUCAGAAGACCCAGAUGCAGACGCAGAAGAUGACUUCCCAGAAGACAUCCUAGAAUGUCUAAGCAACACACAGCUCAGCAGACAUUUCAAGGAGUUCGGGAAAGAAGUGGGCGUUGCAGAUCCGAAGAGCCUUGAAGAUGUCUACAAGAGUCAUCUGGAAACUACAAGAUCGGGGCUGUCUGCCAACGUCGACUCGGCUCGUGCUAACCUUGCAGGCACAUUUGUCAAUGCAUUCGUUAACGCUGGUUUUGGUAACGAUAAACUGAUGGUAGAAGCCGAAGAGGGCAGCAGCUGGGUUUACAAGAACAAAGACCAUGGCAUGAUGAGCGCUGCAGCCAGUCUUGGACUUGGACUCCUCUGGGAUACGGAUGUUGGCCUUAGCCACAUCGACAGAUAUACAUACUCCCCUGAAGAGUGGAUCAAGGCUGGUGCAUUUUUAGCCACAGGCCUGCUGAAUGCAGGUGUGCGCACGGAAGCAGACGCCGCCCUUGCACUGCUAGCAGAACACGUAGAGAACAAAUCUGUCCCACUCAAAAUAGCCGCAAUCAUGGGGCUCGGUGUAGCAUACGCAGGCUCGCAUCGCGAGGACUUACUCACUCUCCUCCUUCCUGCAGUCGCAGACGACAGCGUAUCGAUGGAGAUCGCUGCACUCAGCGCGCUUGCACUGGGAUUCGUGUUUGUAGGUAGCGGAAACGGGGAGAUUACGAGCACGAUCUUACAGACACUGAUGGAGAGAGAUGACAAGGCAUUGGACGAGAAGUGGGGACGAUUUAUGGCGUUGGGGUUGGCGCUGCUUUACGUUGGCUUGCAGGAUGCUUCGGAUGCCACGCUCGAGACGCUGAAGGCUAUUCAGCACCCGAUUUCAAGGCAGGCGCAAAUUCUUGUGGAGGUGUGCUCCUUCGUUGCCACCGGGAACGUCCUGCGGGUGCAGAGAUUGCUGCACUUGUGUGGCGAGCACCUUGAUGCCCUCAAGGAGAAGGAGCAAGCUGAGAGUGCGGAGGCGAAGAAGGACGAGAACAAGGAUGAGAAGAAAGAGGACAAGAAACCCGACGAUACAUUCCAAUCGUUCGCCGUUCUCGGUAUUGCGAUGAUCGCCAUGGGAGAGGAUAUUGGUGCCGAGAUGUCCAUGAGGCAAUUCAACCACUUGAUGCACUACGGCGAUCCCAUCAUCCGCAAAUCUGUCCCCCUUGCUCUCGGCCUCAUCAGCGCCUCAAAUCCACAGCUCCCCGUCCUCGAUACACUCUCAAAAUACAGCCACGACCACGACCUCGCAGUCGCACUCAAUGCUAUCUUUGCAAUGGGCCUCGUGGGUGCGGGCACGAACAACGCACGACUUGCACAGAUGCUCCGUCAGCUCGCGGGGUACUACUACAAGGAGCCUGAUUGUUUGUUCAUGGUCCGCAUCGCGCAAGGUCUCGUACACAUGGGCAAGGGCACGAUUGGGAUCAAUCCUUUCUUCUCGGAUAGAAACAUCAUGAGUCGACCGGCUGUUGCGGGUUUACUGGCGACGAUCAUGGCGUUUACGGAUGCUAAAGCCUUCGUGCUCGACAAGUACCAUUGGAUGCUUUACUUCCUGGUGACUGCCAUGUACCCUCGCUUCCUCAUCACGCUCGAUGAGAACCUUGAGAGCAAGCCUGUGACAGUUCGUGUCGGUCAGGCUGUGGACGUCGUCGGCCAAGCCGGCAAACCACGCACGAUAUCAGGCUUCCAGACGCACCAGACGCCUGUACGACUGGGGACGACAGAGCGUGCAGAGUUGGCGACGGAAGAAUUCAUUCCGUAUGCACAUGUUCUAGAGGGCUUUGUUAUACUACAGAAGAACCCUGGGUGGGAGAAGGAGGAUACGAUGCAAAUGUAGGUAUAUUACAUGCCGUUGUGCGUGAAAAUUGGGAAUACAUGAUAGGGUAUCACUUGUUUUACAAUCAAAGGCGACAUGAAACAUGAUG